CUAAGCACUGCAGGACCUCCCACUGGCUACCACAGCAGAUCUGUGCAACAGGAACCUGGAGCUGAAAACAUUCUGCAAACAUGGCUGGUAAAAUACAGAGUCUGACCGAGGCGGAGAGGAACCACCUACUCCCCCUGCUGCGCAACGCUCAGUGGGUGGAGGUUGUGGGACGGGAUGCCAUUUAUAAAGAGUUCAUUUUUAAAGACUUCAAUCAGGCUUUUGGUUUCAUGUCCCGAGUGGCUUUACAAGCAGAGAAGAUGGACCAUCAUCCUGAGUGGUUCAAUGUCUAUAAUAAGGUCCAGAUCACUCUCAGCACACAUGAGUGUGGGGGGCUGUCCCAGCGAGACAUCACGUUGGCCACCUUCAUUGACCAGGCAUCCCUGAUGUGAGCAACACACAUUAUCAGUCAUUUCAACAGUGGAAAUGGAAGUCACAGCUCUUCAUUUAUUCAUUCCACUGAGAAAUCUCUGAGGACGUGACCUGCAAAUCCAAAGAAUAUGAACCAAUUACAUACGUUCAAUGAAUUGUGAAAAAAGCUGUAGCUGCAAAAGGGUCUAAUGUGUUUUAAAAAAGAUGUUGUCGGUGUUGCACUUGUUGAAUAAAUGAGAUUAAUAGCCAACGGUAGAUGGUAAAAUAUUGUUUACACAUUUAAGUCUUUAAGUAAUUUCUCAGCAACCAUUCCAGUUAUUAUACAGAUAACAUUCGCAAUGUGUCCCUCUGUCACAACCAGUGUCUUAUGUGCCAAUAAUUGUUAAUAAAUGUUUUAUUUCUCUGUUAAA